AUGACAUGUGGUGAAGAAAACUAUGGAAUAACUUUGUUUACGUGCCAGAGGAAAAUAAAUGGGAAACAGACGAGGUAUGAUCCAAAGGAGAGGCGCUGGGGAGUGGUUAAAGGUUUGGAUGAGUUGUUGGCUGAGAUAAGACUCCGAUUUUGGACAGAUAUUGUGCGUUUCGGUCGGAAUCUGGCUUUGUAUUUUUCUAAAAGAGAAGAAGAACCGAGUAGUGAAACAACACAGAAGAUUUGGUGUGCGGAGAUUUCGCUUGGAAGACGUCAAGGAGGUGACAUUUGGGGUAAAGUUGAGUGGUGCAAUCAUGUUUUGACUGUUGGGCAGCUUGGCGCCAAAUGUCUCGAUGAGUUUACUUUCCAUUAA